CUCGCCCUACAGCCAACUCGGAGGGGCGGACCGGGCGGCGAGCCCUGCGCGGGCGCUCGCCGGGCAAAGAGCCGCCGGGGGAACCGGGGCCGCCGUUCCCACGUUCGGCCUUGCGCGCCUCGGCUGACACACGUGUGCCAAGGCCGCCCGCGCCGAGCAGGAGAAGCGCGCCCCGCCUCUCGGACUCAGGGCGGCGGCUGCCGUGAGGGAAACUCGGCGCGCAUGCUCGCUGGCCGGGUGGGGGCGACGCGCCUCCCGGCAUCCCCCGCGCGGCGAGGCGAGGUGUGCCCGGAGCUGCCCUUCCUGCACCCCAGCGAGAGCGGCCUCCUGGCCCGCGUCUGCCGCCUCGGCGCCUUCUACAUCCGCUUCAGCGAGUUCGUCGAGCAGUUCGCCGAGCACGUCCAGCCGCAGCUCCCGCCGCCGGCUCAGCAGCACCCGCAGGAUGGUCACCUGCCCCAGCAAGGGAUUUACCUACGUGCUUUCUGCACUGGACUUGAUGCGGUCCUGCAACCAUACCGACAAGCUUUGCUUGACUUGGAGCAAGAGUUCUUGGCUGAUCCUCACCUGACCAUCUCACAUGUGAACUAUUCCUUGGACCAGUUUCAGCUCCUUUUUCCUUCAUUGAUGGUUGUGGUGGAGCAGAUCAAGACGCAGAAGAUUCACGGCUGUCAAAUCCUGGAGAUUGUCCAUCAUUACAGUCGUGGUGGCUUGCCCCCUGUACGGAGUGCCCUCGAACAGGUCUUGGCUAUGUGUCAUGCUGUCAUGUACAAACAGCUCUCAGCCUGGAUGCUGCAUGGGUUACUCCUGGACCAGUAUGAGGAGUUCUUCAUUAAGCAGGGUCCCUCUUCAGGGAGUGUCCCUUCCCAGCCUGAAGAGGAGGAGGAUGAUCUGGGCAUUGGAGGGCUGACAGGAAAACAGCUACGAGAGCUGCAGGAUAUGCGACUGAUUGAAGAGGAGAACAUGUUGGCCCCUUCUCCAAAGCAGUUCUCUCUGCGGAUAGAAAUGUUGCCUUCCUACAUCCCCGUGCGUGUUGCUGAGAAAAUCCUCUUUGUGGGAGAGUCUGUUCAGAUGUUUGAGAGUCAGAAUAUAAGCCUUACAAAAAAAGGGUCCAUCUUGAAGAACCAGGAAGAUAUCUUUGCCGCAGAGUUGCAUCGCCUCAAGCAGCAGACCCUCUUCAACCUGGUAGACUUUGAGUCUGUGGUUGACUGGAUCCGGAGCACUGUGGCUGAGCACUUAUGGAAGCUGAUGGUAGAAGAAUCAGAUCUAAUAGGACAGCUGAAGAUUAUUAAAGAUUUUUAUCUCUUGGGGAGAGGAGAACUGUUUCAGGCUUUCAUUGACACUGCACAGCAUUUGCUAAAGACACCUCCCACUGCGGUGACAGAGCACGAUGUCAACGUGGCAUUCCAGCAGUCAGCCCACAAAGUGUUACUGGAUGAUGACAACCUCCUCCCUCUCCUUCAUCUCACCAUCCAUUACCAUGGAAAGGAGCACAGAGAUGCUCAGGCUCGUGAAACCCCUUCUCGAGAAUUAUCUCCCCAUGAGUCUCCCACAUCAGGCUGGGCUGCACUAGGGCUCCACUACAAAGUACAGUGGCCUCUCCAUAUCCUCUUCACUCCAGCUGUCCUGGAAAAAUACAAUGUCGUGUUCAAGUACCUGCUCAGUGUGCGGCGAGUCCAGGCUGAGCUGCAGCACUGUUGGGCUCUGCAGAUGCAGUGCAAGCGCCUAGAAUCUAACAGAACAGACGCAAUCAAGUGGCGGAUGCGGCAUCACAUGACUUUCCUCGUCGACAAUCUGCAGUAUUACUUGCAGGUGGAUGUCCUGGAGUCUCAGUUUGCACAGCUACUGCAACAGAUCAAUUCUACCCGUGACUUUGAGAGCAUCCGACUGGCGCAUGAUCACUUCUUGAGCAACCUCCUCGCACAGUCCUUUAUUCUGCUGAAACCAGCUUUCCAUUGUCUGAACGAAAUCUUGGAUCUCUGCCAUAGCUUCUGCUCCCUAGUCAGCCAGAACCUAGGACCACUGGAUGAACGAGGCACCACCCAGCUGAGCAUCCUAGCCAAGGGCUUCAGCAGCCAGUCUUCUCUUCUGUUCAAGAUUCUCUCCAGUGUCCAUAACCACCAGAUAAACUCAGACUUGGCUCAACUGCUGCUACGCUUGGAUUACAACAAGUAUUACACUCAGGCUGGAGGCACCUUGGGCAGUGUGGGGCUGGACUGAACCUGUCUCAACUGGAGCCGAGGAGCCAGCGUAAUUUCUGCCUGACCUGAGAGCACUAGCCCAGCCACUUGGGGUAGCCAUCAGUCCCUGGGCCCCCACCCCUUUCUUAACAACUGGGAAAAUCAACACACUUCAAUAAAGAACACUCGUACAUCU